AUGCUGAGCGUGCUGCGUGUCCACCUCCCGUCCGACAUCCCCAUCGUUGGCUGUGAGCUCACUCCGUACGUGGUACUGCGAUUUCCUGAUGGCAACAUCACCGCCGACGAUGUCCCCGAGUCGGCCCCGGUGGAUGGCUACUACCUGAGGUGCAAGUGGUGGGUGGCCUGAUCUUCUUUCCUGUACCUCUGUUGUUCUCUCCUGCUUUUUUGUGCCGUUGCCUUCUUUGCCAAUGGCCUCCGUGCGGCAUUUGGGUCACCACUUUAGGCGUUCGUCUGUUCUUGCUAGUAUUGUCUUUCUGUUCUCCGGUUCCAAUUAACUAGUAUCACUCAGUUACCAUACUCACUUCUUUAUGAUUUAGGCUCCAAAUGGUGUGGCCCCCAAGGACUUCCCACACUUAUCCCAUUUUGUAAGCGCUCUGAAAUCUUGAGCGUUGACCCUUGUUUCCUUCACCCGCGUUAGGCAUAUGGUCAACAAGUUUCCGUCAUCCUGUGGCUUAGUUGACCACUUUAAAUUCUUCAAGCUCUGGGGGAUGUUUGUCAAACCAGCCUGGAUUGAACAACGUUGGGGAUGGGGUUGUGGGAGUUCUACCUUCGUUUAGGUUCACCUGGCACAAAAAUAUUGUCUUUAUUCUAUGAAAUCUCUGAUCUAAAUUGUGCUUCAUCUAUCUGGAGCCCAGAUUGUGCUUCUUAUGCAUUGAUUCCAGGAAUUCUCUCAGCUAGCUCUCAUAUGAGCUCGAAAAAUGAAAGGAGACACACAUAAAGUGCAUGCCUGUCGAUGAUCCCGAAGCUCUCAAAAUAUCAGUGACUGCACCUUCGUUGCCAAAAAAUGAUCUUGUCCAUUCAUUUAUGCGUGUGAUAAAAGCCGAGAGAAUAACUCAGUCAGAUUAUUUCUCAUGUCUACGUAUGUAAUUCGGCCCAUUUCUUAUGGUCCAAAGAAUCGCAGAAAGGUUGAGCCGCUACACUUUCCUGUCUCCUUCUGAGCGUCCAAUUUUACUCUCAUCCUCUUCAUUUGUCCUCCAUAACUACUGGAAAGUGCCAAGUAAUCCCAAUCACGAAGAGGCGCCCUUGCCAAGUGUAACAUGAGAAGGAAUACUAAAGAAGCAAGCUAUACGUCUCCUCAUUCGCACCACAGAGGCAAUUGCAUGCGAAGAGGCAUCUAUGUGAAAUAAUACUCAUUAAGAUCUUUGCCUUUAGAGUUGAUGGGCACCCACAAUCUCUUGGUCCGUCUUGUGCUUAAUUCCUUCCUUUGCUAUGACGAGUCAACUUGAUAUAAAUCUGAGCCUACUUCAUGCACUUUUGCUGGUCUGACUUUGAUUGAUUUUACAGUUGUUUAGGUAAAGGACCAACGAAAUGUUUGAGCUAUCAAGUUUCAACAUCUAUAAGAGUCCGUUUGGGUCAUAGACACUAGUACAUGGCUAGGUUAGAAUGAUAAGCAGCGUAGUUGACUGUUAUGCUUGAAUCUCUGGUGACCCUACAAAAGUAGCUAGAAUUUUUAAUGGAGAAAAGGUCCUGCACCAUUUGCCUUUCGAAAAUUCUUUUGAAUCUCGCCUUAAUAACAUUCUUUUAAUGGAGAAAAGGUCCUGCAAGCAGGCAAGUUCCAAUAUGACUGAAGAGUGACACGUUCAAAACAAUAACAUAGACGAGAUAAAGAGGAUAAACAUUUUUCCUCUAUAGGGGUGUGAUGAUAGUGUGUGCUCGGUAGAUGCCAUUGAAUGAUUCCAGCAUGCAAGCACAUUGUUGUCUCUCUGCUAUCUUUGGGAUUGUUGAGGGAACUAGAGUCUAUUUUAGUUUUUCAUACUAAUUCUUUUGCAUUAGAGACAGUUCUUCUUUUUUUUUUUUUUUCUGAAAAGUCACUGAAUGAUGGCUUGGUCAGUCAACUUAGAUUGGAGUGACGAUUUGCAGUCCUCUUUCUGAAGAGUCAAAAAAGGGUACAGGAAAGAGUGUCGUCCAGAAAUUAGUCCCUACUGGAUCUAUUUCCUGGAUUGGGCAGAACUUUUAAGGUCUUUUUAGGCAGAGGGUAGCCAGAUAAGAACAAGAAGAGAAAGCGUAAGAUAGAAGGCUAUGUAGUAUAGUCAGAAGAAGACAAAUUAGAGGCUGAAGGGCCAAAAAUGAGGAGAAAAAACUUGAGCAUAGUAGUCAGAGAAAAUACCUUCCUCUUCAUUUCCCACUGCUAUCCCGCCAUAUGCUACUGGCGUUUCUCUUGAGGAUAUUACUACACCUCUCUUAUGGCAAUUUCCAAUAAAUAUGAACUCAUACUUUGUAUUGACUUGUAUGUUUGGGGGCUGUAGAAUAAUAUUUUCCUCUAAAACCAGUUAAAUGAUUUAAAUUUGAAACCUAAAGUGAAUUUUUUCCUGAACUUUUUGGUCUGUAUUGAGCUUUUGCUUGCAAACCUAAUAAGUGUUAACUUCCAAAUCGUUGUUAGUGUCAGAUAUAUUGUUGUUCCCAGAUUUUAAUGGAUAAUAAUAGUCAAUCUGCAGUGGCUAUGUAAACUUGGAUUCUUAUAGGAUAUUGUCAAUGUUAGGGGCUCGGAUUUUAUGUCAUCGUUAUUGGCUCAUGAAAUUAGUAAGGGAAGCAGCCAUAGAAACAAAGACUACUAGGAGCUUGUGGAUGCAUCUUGAUGACAUGGUGCAUGUGUCGACUUACAUGAUUUCUUCGUUAUAUUACUUUAAUUGUUACUAUCCAUUCAAAAUAUCUUUUGGAAUUGUUGACUUCAUAGAGUACUUUUGUUUUUUGGAACCAACAUUUCAACCUCACAUUCUGUUUGUAUCUGUUUUGUAGGUAUCGUAAGCAGAAUGACAGGAGAAUUGCUGUCUGCAGUAUACAUCCAACCGAGCUAGCAACAUUGCAGUGCCUAGGCUGUAUUAAGGCAAAGUUACCUGUUGCCAAGAGUUACCACUGCUCUUCUAGAUGCUUCUUUGAUGCUUGGCAGCACCAUCGUGCUUUACAUGAUCGAGCAGCUAAUGCUGUAAAUGAAAAUGGAACCGAGGAAGAAGAGUUGUUUGGACGUUUUAACAGUAGUAGUUCUGGUGUUGUUAAUACAGGGCUAUCUGGCUCAGGUUCUACUCCUUUGUAUUCAGGUUCAGUUAGUGAAAAGGGUUCAGGUGAAACCUGGUUUGAGGUUGGACGAUCUAAGACAUAUACACCUUCUGCAGAGGAUAUUGGUCAGGUUUUGAAGUUUGAGUGUUUGACAGUGGAUGCAGAAACUAGAAUACCCAUAGGACCUGCAUCUACAAUUUUCACAUCGCGUGUCAUUCCAGCUCCUACUCCUACUCCUCGGCGAUUGAUUCCUGUUGGUGGAGCAGAUAUAAUGGGACAUUUUGAUUCUGAUGGCCGGACAGCUUCUGGGACCUUCACUGUGCUUUCAUACAACAUUCUUUCAGAUGUAUACGCCACAAGUGAAAUAUAUAGUUAUUGUCCAACAUGGGCACUUUCUUGGCAAUAUCGUCGACAAAAUCUGUUACGGGAAAUAGUUGGCUAUCAUGCUGAUAUACUGUGCCUUCAAGAGGUAUACGGCAUCAUCCUUGUACAUUUUCUGCCUCAAAAUGUGCAAAUUGGGUGUCUUAAUUGACCAGUGAAGUUCAUAUUUGAUUCCCUAGAGAUUAGCUGUCAGCUUAAAUGUAUUUGUCACGAGCUGCUGUUUAAUAUUUGCUUCUUUUCCCUUUGCCAGCCGCACGAAUCUUUGACAUCUCAAAAAAUUCAAAACAGUGCUUUUUGAUAUCAGUAGCGUUUUUAGAAAAGUGCAUAUUAAUGGAUCACCCUCCUCUGUGGAUGUGUGUGUGUGUGUGUGUGUGUGGGGUGUGUGUGUGUGUGUGUGUGUGAGAGAGAGAGAGAGAGAGAGGGGUUUAUUUAUCUUAUAUGAUAAAUAGAGAGAUCCAAAGAGAGAGAGAAUUAAGGUUUUCAUGUCUCCAUAUAAGUUGACUGAUUCUUAUUGUAGUCAUUUUUGCUAUUUUUUCACCCCUGAAUUUGAUAUUAACUAUUUGUUAUCUUAUUUUUCAGGUCCAAAGCAAUCAUUUUGAGGAGUUUUUUGCCCCGGAACUUGAUAAACAUGGGUAUCAAGCACUUUAUAAAAAAAGAACAUCAGAAGUAUACUUUCAACUCUCUUCUUGUUUGAAAGUAUUAAAAUUGAUAUAUAUUCACUUUCGUUUAUUUUAGUUCCCAUUGAUAUUUUUUUUGCAGGUUUAUGCUGGAAAUCCGAAUUCAAUUGAUGGUUGUGCAACAUUUUUUCGCCGAGACAGGUUUUCACAUGUGAAAAAAUAUGAGGUAGACAAUCAUUUGGAUUUGAGAUUGACUUUCCUGAAUUUUUUCCUCUCUGAAUGGUUUGAACAUGUCUUCAGGUUGAAUUCAAUAAAGCUGCACAAUCCUUGACUGAUGCAGUGAUUCCAACCGGUCAGAAGAAAGCUGCUUUGGGUCGAUUAAUUAAGGUCGAUCUCUUGAAUUCCACCUCUAGUUCAUGACUGUUUCUCAUUUCGGCUUUUUUUAUUUUAUCGAAGGGUUUUCGUUUUAGUUCACUGCAAACUAGUUGAAUAAUAGAUGGCCCCCUCUUUUUUUUAACUUUCGCUAUUUCCCUGAUACCGAACACUUUUACUUUAGUCUGUGGUUGUAUUACCUCUCUAAAUUAUGAACUUGAUCAAUAUCAUUAACGGAUGUUUCGUUAAAAUUAGUUGGACUGUUGAAAAAGAAAAAAAAAACAUCCAACUUUUUCAUCCUAACCUUGUUGGCCACGUCCUGCCUGGCGUACCCAGUUAUAAUAGCCAUGCUGCAGUUAUCAUGGGGGUGGGAGUUGUUCCAUAGAGUUGCGUUGGGAAAUAGAGCAGCAGAAAGUUGAUGAGGGAGGAACCCCGCGGCCGUGUUUCUGUUUUUCUUUUUCUGCGUUUUGGGGGGGGGAGGGGGGCAGCAGAUGAGGGACGACGGAAUCAUAUUUAUUAGCAGCCACCACACAGGGUAGGCGAUGCCAUGUUGUGUCGGGGAAAGUGAGAAAGCAUCAACUUGAGACACUAAUGCCAUUUCAGUUUCAUCUAUAUUUUCUUGAGGACGUCAUCCUGUUUCGUGGGGUUCUCGACUCACAAGUCAGUCACGGUCCUUUGAUGGCUCUCCAUGUCAACAAGUUCGAAUUCUGACUCAAAGACCAACUGGUUAUCUUCCCUUGGGAGUGGGCUAGUUCAAGGGAGACCGGAUACAAACUGUUGUACUGAAAACGAAGAUUAUAGUAUCUUGGAGUUAACUGAGUGGAAAAAUACCUGGUCUUAUCGAAUGUUUGAAGCUACAUAGGACCUUGAAAAUUCUCUUAUCCACUUUAUUUUCUGCAUUUUAAUGCGUUGAUGUUUACGUUUCUUACCAGGAUAACGUUGCAUUGAUUGUCGUCUUGGAAGCGAAAUUUAGUAAUCAUGGCUCAGAUACUCCUGGCAAAAGACAGCUUCUUUGUGUGGUGAGGGAAAUAAGUUUAUCGUUAGUCAUCUUUGAUCUUUUGAUUAAUCAUGUUCCUUGCAUUGUUUUUUCAUGAAAGUUUCUGUAGCUUUUUUCUGAUGAAGGUAACUUUUGUCUUAACUAGAUAAUAUGUUUUGUGUCAUUUAAAAGGCAUUUCUCGAGAUGGACUACUCUGGUAGAUAUUCUGAAGUGAGAGUUAGUCCUACCUGAAGUGAGAUGAAUCCUUUUUUGAAACCGAUUCAUGCUAUGUCAGGCUCCCUUCUUUACUUAUGAACCACAGUUGAUUGGACAACUGUGACGCAACAAAGGAUAUUCGAAUUGGAUUCCCUUUCCACACUAAUUUGUCAGCCAAGUUCUUGUAUCUGCGGACAAUCUGAGUUUCGCAUAGACUAGGAACUGAUUUUUCUUUGUCAACCAAAGUCCUUCUAAACCUGGCAUUUCAGGGUCUGUUAUUUUCUUAAUAAUUCAGAUUGUGAGGUGAAUUCACCUUUGCCUAUCAAAAUGUAUUUAAGUUUCUUAAUCUAUUUCCCUGUGUGCUUUGACUGCACCAAAUUCUCACCAAAUUCCGACAUCUUGGCUGUUAUAUACCGUACCUCAAUGAGCAAGUGAGAAUUGCUUCUUCUGUAAUAUUUCUCAUUGGACUUUCUGAGGACAUUACUUGGGUUUUCGUUUUUCACAUCUUCAUGUAUUAGGCAAGCUUAUCCCUCUCUAUUGCUUUUACCUGUUACACUUGUCUUGAGUACAUGGUUGCCUUGACACCCUUUUCAAUAUCCAAUUAAAAAAAUCUUGAACUUGCCUUCACCUUUUCCUCAUUUGUUAUCAGGUUCUUAUAGGCGCAAAACAUGUACAUAGAUUUGUGGAGACUUAAUGCUACUUUGGAAAAAGAGGAACAUCCAUGUUUUUAAAGUGGGAAGUACUGUGUGCGCUGGGUUUUAUAAUUAUAUGCGAUGACCGAUAAGGUCAAAGAAUGAAAAAGGGGAUCAGUCAGUCAUUUAGUGAUUUCUAGGUUUCUAAUAUUGCAUACAGCAUGUUGGUGUUGGAUCCAGUUUGAUGUAUCAGGGUUUUUGGAUCUUACGAGCCUCAAAUUCUUAUAGAUUAUGUAAUACAGGCUACUUUAAAAAAAUGCUACUUUGGAUAAGCUACAACAAAUGACUGGCUGAAAGUAGUCCAUAUGUUCUAAUCAUUAAGUUCUAAAAUUUCAUUCUUGGUGUUGGUGCGUCUGAUCCGAUUUUUAUAAUUAGGAACAUAUUUUCUGCCUUUACAUGCUUGAUCCACAUCAUGAUCAUUUUUAGUCGUCCAACGAGUCAUGACAAUUUUACUCGAUGUUGGAUGACGUGUGGAAGAUAAAUCUAUGAUUGAAAUAUGUGUAGUACCGAACAUGAAUGUGUAUUUGGAUAUAAUCUACUUAAUACUUCAGAAAGUUUAUAAGUUCUGAUAUUAUUAAUUACGAAAAAUUGAAUUUCUAAAUUAAAGUAAUAGCCGAUUUGUUUGUUCAGUCGGUCAGUUGAUUUUUAACUAAAAAUGGUUAUAUUUGAUUAUCUUUUACUUUUGACUAUAUGUAAUUUGGUUCCUUACUCUGAUUUUGCAGAUAAUUAGUGCGUCUCUGUAGCAUGUAACACCACUAGGACUAUCUGAAAUAUGCUGGAAUUUGUCAGAUCUGUCUGGCUUUUUAAUUAUUUAAUUGACAGACUUCUGAUAUGACUGACAGUGAUGACGAUGAUAAUCUGUGUACUAAAACAGGAAUAUCAUAGCUAAAAAACCUUAGUAGUUACUCCCUUAAAACUUUUCUUCUUUUUUUCAAAUAAGGUGAGGGUGCUGCUGAUAAACAUCCAAUAUUCACUUGCCAUUUGCCAAUUGCAUGAUAUCUGAUAUAGCAAUGCGCUUCAAAUGUAUUGAUGUGCAACCAAUUAUUGAAUAAUAUUCCUGAGCUUUGUAGUUGAAUUGCUCUUUCCUUUAACAAGUUAUUUUCUUCUAUUUUGGAUAUGCAGGCAAAUACUCAUGUAAAUGUCCAUCAUGAGCUCAAGGAUGUAAAGCUAUGGCAGGUUCUCACCUAGGCGCAUCUCUUGCUCGAAUAUAACUGUUCACUUGUGAACUCGGGACUGAAUGCUCUUUUUGGUCUCUGUCUAUUACAGGUGCACACCCUGCUGAAAGGACUUGAGAAGAUAGCUGUUAGUGCAGAUAUUCCAAUGUUGGUUUGUGGCGAUUUUAAUUCACUUCCUGGAAGGUGCCCAUUGAUCUAAUUAUUCGGUUGUAUUUUGUCUCAUUUUUAUAAAUCUCGUUUUCUAGCAAUAUCUGAUGUAUAUUCGCUUGCUCCUGAUGCAGUGCUUCUCAUGCUCUUCUUGCGAGAGGGAAAGUUGAUCAGAUGCAUCCAGAAUUGGUAGUAGACCCGCUUGGAAUUUUGCGACCUGCAACUAAACUAACUCACCAACUUCCAUUGGUACGUUAUUCUUUGGGGCGUUCAAGGAUUAUUGAUUGUAGUGGUGAAAUCUUGAGCUGUGAGCUUUAGCUAUUUAAGCAUGGUUGUGGUGUUUGCGCUGGCUACAGGUUAGUGCCUACUCAUCUUUUGCAAGGAUGGUGGGAGGUAGUAUGGGUUUAGGGCAACAAAGAAGUAGAAUGGACCUCAAAACAAACGAACCAUUAUUCACAAAUUGUACCAGGGAUUUUACAGGGACCCUCGAUUACAUUUUCUACACAGGUACACCAAAAAUUUGUAAUAUGCAUCUUAGGUUUUCUUUCUAUUUUCAUCAGUUAUUUUCGGAUUUUUUUUUUCUUUAAAGUUUGCUUUAAAUGCUAUGUUUCAUCGUUUAAUCCUUCUUUGGGUUUCGAUUUCUGUUUGCAGCUGAUUCCUUGACAGUGGAGUCACUUUUGGAGCUCUUGGAUGAGGAAAGCUUACGUAAAGACACGGCACUUCCUUCUCCAGAAUGGUCUUCUGAUCAUAUAGCCCUUUUAGCAGAAUUCCAGUGCAUGCCCAGGACCAGACAGUGA